GAGUGUGAGGAGGACCCCUGCUGUGAGUACCAGACAUGUAAGCUGAAGUCUGGAGCUCAGUGUGCUUAUGGAGAAUGCUGCUCGAAGUGUCAGUACCUACCAGGAGGAACAGUGUGUCGCUCCAGUACAGAUGAGUGUGAUCUCCCAGAGUUCUGUAACGGCUCCUCGUUGUUCUGUCAGAGCGACGUCUUUGUCCAGAACGGACAGGCCUGCAGGAACCAGCAGGCCUAUUGUUACAAUGGGAAGUGUCAACACUAUGAUGGACAGUGUCAGGCCAUAUUUGGACCCAAGGCGAAGGCUGCUCCUGAAAUCUGUUUCAAAGACGUCAACAGUAAAGGCGACCGCUUUGGAAACUGUGGCUACCACAACUACGGUUACAAGAAGUGUGAGAGCAGAAACGCUCUAUGUGGAAAGCUGCAGUGCUCCAACGUUCAGGCGGUGACGGUGUUUGGGAUCGAACCAUCGAUCAUCAGCACGCCGAUCGGCGGCGCCAAGUGUUAUGGAGUGGACUUCAUGCUGGGAUCAGACGUCCCUGAUCCCGGGAUGGUGAACGAAGGAACCAAGUGUGGAGAUGACAAAGUGUGUAUGAACUUCGAAUGUCGCAGCGCAGACGUCAUGAAGUUCGAUUGUGACGUGGGGGGAAAAUGUCACGGACACGGGGUGUGUAACAGUAACAAGAACUGUCACUGUAAGGACGGCUGGGCUCCUCCCUUCUGUGAGGUCAAAGGUUACGGAGGCAGCGUGGACAGUGGACCCACGUGGAACGACAAAGACACGUCCCUCAGAGACGGCCUGCUCGUCUUCUUCUUCCUCGUCCUUCCUCUGCUCGCUCUGGGUGUGUUUGUUUUCCUGCGCAAGAACGAGCUGCUGCGACGACUUGGGCUGAGCCGCAGGAAGAGGUCACAGGGAUACCAAGCUGACGGUGCAGCUUCAGACAAUCCCAUCAGAGGACCUCCGCCCAGAGCGCAGCCUCCAUCUGUUGCCCGGGGCAACGCCGGCAAUAUCGUCAAAGAGGGGCACCACGCUCAGCUCCUGCCACCACAGGAGGUGGCGGAGAACAGCAGGACAGCUCCAUCUUACGCUCUGAGGCCUCCUCCUCCUCCUCUAAAACCAAAACCUUCUGCUGCAUCACAGCCUCUGGUGCCUCAGAGACCCGCCCCUGCUCCCCCUGUUUAACCAAUCACCAGGCCCGGACCACCUGGGUGGCGCCCGUCUUCUUCGUCUCUUCUUUUUCUUCAAUCCCUGUCCUCUCGGAGCUCGUAACCUAGCAACAGCCAGGAAAUGAUUUUGUAGCUAAGACAGCAGCUGACUCCCGGACGAGGAAAUGGACGAUCAGGAAACUGAGUCAGGCUGGACUGGGAAUUUAGCAGAACAAACAGGAAGCAACUACUGCCCCCUACAGUCUUUCUUUCUUUCUUUAAAAACUCCUUCAGGUGAAACAUCAUCUGUCACAAACCAUCCAAUCACAUUUCUGUCUUCACGUCCGGGGCAAGCUAGCUAACUAGCUAUUAGCUCAAAAAGUUGUUCAAAGCAUUUGAAUGUUUCCAACAUAUCGCUUCAAACUGAGAAACAUUUUAAAAUAUUAUUUAACUAAAUGCAAGAUAGCAUGUAGCUACCACAUGCUACCACAUGAUACCACAUGCUACGUAAUGAUUAAAAAAGAUGGAGGGUGAGAUGCUUCACUCAGACAGAUUGGUGCUGUCUGAUGUCACCUCCCCUCUGCUCAGCACUGUCAUAGGAAUGUAACACACCCCUGCUGCUGCUGCUGUGCAGGUGCACUUGGUCUCCACCACUCAGCUCCGCCCGGCGCUCUGUCUCUCCAGAAUUGUAAAAUCCCAGUAUGCAACACUGUCUGAGUCCUAGCUCCUCUGGUUUUCAGUUCCUCUCCUUCAGAUCUGGACCUGGACCUGGACCUGGAUCUGGAUCUGGAUUUGGACUUGUGUGGUUGUUUUGUUUUAUCACAAAGGAAAUGGAAACACUGAAGCACUGUUGAGCUGAUCUCUGGGAUGUUCUGGAUCUGCUCAGGUUAAAUCUGUGGCCCGACAUUGCUCAGACGAAACCUUGUGAGCGACUUGUACCGACACCGGCCACCUUUCGAUCACUUUAUCGUUGUCAUCUUAGUUAAUCAGGAAGCAGAGUAACAGACCAAAUAGAACAAUUUCACUGAAAGGUAUUGGAAUUAGGAUUAUUUUUAUCUGGAAAAAUAUUUUAGACAAUUUGAGAUGAAAGACAUCACUGAUUUUUGUACUCCUUUGUAUAAUGGAUAUAUGGAUAAUGUCCAAUAUAAUGGACCAAAUAUUCCAGUAACAUUCUGGGAAAUUGGAGGAGUUCUAACCCCGCCCCCCGUAAACUACGCCCUAGGACAUGGUUAUUUUAGGAUUUUCUAAAUUUAGUAUUUGACUUUUGUGUUUGGUUUGGAUCCAUGUUAAAGAACAUGUGUCAUACUGGAUCUCAGAUUUUGAAUCAUGUUCACACAUGAAGUUUCAGGUAUAGUUUGAUGCAGGAUUCAGUUUGAUGCUGGAACAUCCCACAGUUAGAAUGUCUGACAGUGUUGACGUGUCUUUAAGGUGGAAAUGAUGCCUCAUAAAGGUCCUGGAAACGUGUGGACUUCCUGUCUCUGCUGCCUUAACUCCAACACCAUCUGAAGGAAACAUCGGGACCCUGAGGUCUGGACUGAGGACUGAUCCUGAUCCUUUAGUUUCUCUGUAGUUGUGAACACACGGCAGCCUCCAUCACAGUCCCUCAACAUUGUCCUGCUCUGACACUGUCACUCUAACCAGGGAUCUUUACGCCACAGGAAACUGACAGGCCUGUCACCUUCAAGUCACCUUCCUGUGACUCGGAGCGUCGUCACUACAAUGAAUGAACCUGUCUGCACUGUGUCAUGUGACGAUGUUUUGAUCUGCUUUAGUAUAUUUUUGAUUUGCACAGAUACAAGGAGCUGGCGCAGGAUUAUGUCAGUUACUUACAGGGCUAAUUUUGUGUUUGAUUGUUUUGUUGCUAAAAGAAAAUGAACGCGAUCACAGUUUCCUCCUGAAGUUGAUUCCUGAGAAAAGAGAACAGACAGAAGUUAUUUAGAGACAUGAGAGCAGCUGAAGUCAAAGUUCAAGAGAGCAUCAGGUUACAGAUGGUGAACAGAUUCUUCUGCUGCUUCUCAGUUUAAAUAUAACAAAGCUCAUGUGCAGAUUCAAACCAACUGUCUCCUCCUGUUCAACUCACACUCGUGUGAUUCACAACAAAUCAAACCAAACCAAAAGGUUUCAACACUUGUUCAUUGGAAUUUUCUAAUGAAUUUAUCCAUCACUUUAUUAUUUGUAAUGUUGUCAGAGGUUGACGUGUGAAUGGGCUCAGAAGAUAUGUGUCAAAGUGUAUUUCAGUGUUUCACUAAAAAACUGUUUCUGAGACGUCGUGAAGAAGCAAUGAGACGGACGAACCCGCUGCUGGUUUGAGUCUGCACAUGUUGAGUUUCUCUAGAAUAUAAAAUCAAUACAAAUCCAGCAGACUGAUCCUCUGAGUGAACGACUGUGGAACAACUCAUCCACUCUGAAGGUAUUUUACAGUUAGCCGCCUUUAUCAUUAAAGUGAUCAUGUAUCAAUAAUUAUCAUCAAACAAUAUGAUAUACCAUUCUGAUAUCUGCAUAACCAGUGGUUUACUUUUGGUACUUUAAGUAUAUUUUCACCCUGAUAUUCUUAUAAUUUUACUUAAUCAUACACUUCACUGUGGUAAAGUAACUUCUACUUCACAUGUGAGGCCUCAAUGUGAAGUUCAGUUGUGUUUGUGUUGAACGUGUGUGAGCUGAACCACAGCAGGUGAAUGACAACAGUAUGACUGAUAUCUCCAUGACCACACGGAGAAUCUCUUCGCUGUCUCUAUGAUCAUUGAUUUUCUAUAGGAUUACAUUUUUGUGCAGUGUUUGCUUUAGUCACUGAUCUCAGACAUGUUGGCUGCUCCUCUUUGGAGGUUUCUGUCAUGUACAUGGACAGUUUGAUGUCACUAUGGUAACAGGCAUGGAGCAGGUCUGCAGUCAUGCCAAAAGUCGCGCUGCGUUCAGGUGCUGUUUGCUGUGAACGUUCAGCCUCUUCCUGCAGCUUCCUGUCAUGAUGUAAUAAAGUUUAUUCAAACAGAAUGUAGUUUUUUUGUAAAGAUGAAGCUUGUUCAGAUUCACACUGUACGAAGCCACGAGUUCUCCGACCCGGUGAUCUCUCAGAACGUGUGUGUGAUGUGAUUAAACACAAAUUCACUUCAUGAAAUAUUAAAGAC